AUGGCAGGCAAAGAUCACGAAUUUCAGCGACAUGAAUCAGCAACACUGCAGCGUCGGCUGUCACUGCAGUUCAAACGGAGAGAAUGGCUGGCACCGCCAUCUGAAAACGUCUACGCCGGAAUCUCCGCCUACUUCUCCAACCAUCACAUCUCCCUCAUUUCCAUCUCCAUUCGGGACAGUACAUACCUGCUCGACUUCAUUGAGAAAUCCUUUGACCAAGAGGAACGGCUGUCCGUCGAAGAAGCGACCGAUUUUGUCAUUACGCAACUCGACCAUUAUGGAGAGAAACAUUUAGAGAAGAUCAUUGGGGCAGCAAUGCCUAAUCACGUUGCCGACUUUUGCCCCAGAUUAUGCUCCCGUUUGUGGGGCGAGCUGGACAUCAUUCCACUAGUGUUACCCGAUUCCACCUUGGUGGAUAAGUACACCACACGCGCAUCGAAAUCACCGGCAUGGGAUUCCAAGACAAUAGACGAACAGGCUGAAGCCAUGUCGCGUAAAUGUGUUCGGUUAUUUGGGCCUGAAAACGUCCCUUUGCUGCAAGUCGGCUUCAUGGGCCUCGUGGAGGUGGACACAGACUUUCACGUGCGACUGGCCAGACUCGAGGAUUUCCAAAAGACCGUGUCUCCAGAAACCUGGGCAGCCGUACAACAUUAUGUCUCGGAUCUGAGGAAGCGGAAGAUCCGUAUUGCAUUUUUCAGCGCAACACCCCAAGGAGGCGGUGUUGCUCUGAUGCGGCAUGCUCUGAUGCGUCUUUCGCAUGUAUUGGAUACAGAUGUCAGAUGGUACGUACCGAAACCUCGGCCAGGCGUCUUUCAGGUUACGAAGAAGAACCACAACAUCCUGCAAGGUGUUGCGGGGCCAGAUGAACGCUUCAGCUCGGACGAUCAAUCAUUCUUGACCGAAUGGAUCGCAGAGAAUGCACGACGUUACUGGUCUUGUCCCGGGGGCCCUCUAUGCCCACCAUCGAACGGGGGCGCAGAUGUGAUCAUCGUCGAUGACCCCCAAAUGCCAGGACUGAUACCCAUCGCCAAGAAAGAAGCUCCAAGCCGACCAGUCAUCUUUCGGUCUCACAUUCAGAUACGGAGUGAUCUAGUCAAUACACCAGGCACUCCGCAGGCAGAGGUAUGGGAGUAUCUGUGGAACCAAAUCAAACUUGUGGACUGCUUCAUCAGCCAUCCAGUCAAGGCAUUCGUCCCCCAAGAUGUGCCGACGGAUAUUUUGGGCUAUAUGCCGGCCACGACCGAUUGGCUAGAUGGAUUGAACAAGAAUAUGCGAGACUGGGAUGUCGCACAUUACGGUCGCCUUUUCAACGCAGCAUGUAGAAAUUCGGACAUGCCGGUUGUUCACCAGCCGGAUGAUCGGUAUAUCGCGCAGAUUGCACGGUUCGACCCAGCCAAAGGGAUCUUUGAUGUCCUGGAAUCGUACGAUAAAUUCUAUACUCGACUCGCUCAACACCGGCCAGAUCUCAAACCGCCAAAGCUCCUAAUCUGCGGACAUGGCUCUGUCGAUGACCCUGAUGGAACCGUGAUCCACGAUCAAGUAAUAGAUCACAUCGAGCAUAAGAUGGCAUCUAUUCGCGAUUCCAUUUGCGUGAUGAGGUUGAAGCCCCCUGAUCAGAUCUUAAACGCAAUCCUUUCAAAAGCCACAGUUGUACUGCAGCUUUCGGCCCGGGAAGGAUUCGAGGUCAAAGUUUCCGAGGCAAUCCACAAGGGCAAGCCCGUUAUCGCUACCCGGGCAGGUGGAAUUCCACUUCAAGUCGAAGAUGGGAAGAAUGGCUUCCUUGUCGAUGUGGGAGAUACAGAUGCAGUUGCGGAGCAUUUGUAUGAUCUAUGGGUGGACGACGCACUCUAUAAGCGGAUGGCAGAGUAUGCAAUCAGCCAUGUACGUGAUGAGGUCAGUACAGUGGGCAAUGCUCUUUCUUGGUUUUACUUGUGCUCGAAGCUCUCUCAGGGUGAGAAGCUGCGGCCACAAGGACGGUGGAUCAAUGAUUUGGCGUUUGAGAGUAGCGGUGUCAGUCCGGAAAAUCUGCCUCGCCUCAAGCGCGCAGUGGAGGUUGCCAAUAUGGGAUGA